AUGAAGUUACCUUUAAGUAACGUCUGGAACCGGCAACGUUCUCAUGACUAUGUACCUGUCGAUGGAUCCGAAGAGAAUGAGAACCCCACUACAGCAAGGAUAGCCUCAGCAGAUAAAAUAGUACAAUCAGCCCCGAAAAGGCAACGUUGGCAAAGCUGGCAAAGCUAUCUCACAUGCGGCAGCAUCUGGGGGUUGAUCAUACUAGCUUCUAUCUUGCUCAUAAGCUUACUCCUCUCUAUCGCUAGGAGUCUAUGGGGUCUGGAAGAUGAUCCGGACAAAGUUUUUGGGAACUGGGGAAAGCCAGGUACAGCAACAGAGGGGUUGGCCUGGUACCCUACAGACUUUCUCCGUGAUGUUAUCCCGAUUCGAUGUCACUCGCAUAACGACUACUGGCGCAAGGUGCCUCUCUUCUCAGCCCUACACGCUGGCUGUAUCGGGGUCGAAGCGGAUGUUUGGCUUUUUGAUGAUGAUCCGGAACUCUACGUUGGACACGAUGAGGCUGCCCUGACUCCAAAUCGCACCUUUAUGUCUCUAUACGUAAAUCCUCUAGUAGACCUACUCAAUCGCACGAACCCGCAAACACAAUUCUAUAACGAUACACGUCGGGGCGUUUUCGACUAUGACCCAGAACAGACAGUAAUUCUCCUUGUGGACUUGAAGACCGAUGGGGCUAAGACUUGGCCACAUGUCCUAGCACAGCUCGAACCCUUGAGGUCGGGGGGCUGGUUAACUUCCUUCGACAAUGGAGUCAUCCAUCGGCGCCAAGUAACCGUUGUUGGAACAGGGAAUACGCCGUUCGAUCUACUCGCCAAAAACGCAACGUAUAGAGACGCAUUCUUCGAUGCCCCUCUAACAGAUAUGUGGGAGGAUCUAGACGCCUCGGACACGAAGUCUACCGAAGUCCCUAUAUAUAAUGACUCUAAUUCAUUUUAUGCGAGCACAAGCUUUGCUAAUAGUAUAGGGAUCGUCCUAGGCGGCUUCAGUGAAAAACAACUUCGUACGAUUCGCGGUCAGAUCAAGGGUGCUCAUCGCAGAGGACUAAAGGUUCGAUAUUGGGAUACGCCUAGCUGGCCAAUUGGUAUCAGAAACAAAGUCUGGCACACAUUGAUGGAAGAGGGCGCAGACAUUUUGAAUGUGGAUGAUUUGAGGGGAGCUUCGAAAUUAGACUGGUAA